CAAACGAGGAGAGCGCAGUUGCGACUAACCCGGUUACUGUAGUAACCACGGUCCAGCUGAAGAAGAAGCAGCUGGUCAGCACAACCUGGAGGCAGCACGAAGCUCAGCACAUUUUAGGAGGCCAUCUGUUGGGCCUCGCUGCAGCAGAGGCGACAAACAACUUAGCUGAUACCUAUUGUAGCUACUGUAGGUUGGUUGAAGGAAUGCAUUUUGGCGUGAAAACUUUCUUUGCUGACGGGCAAUGCUCCAAUGACAGCCUCUGCGACCAGCUUCUCAAGGCCCGCUCCUUGUCAAGGGCCCCAGCUCAAAUCAGGGACGCAGAACACUGUGCAAACUCACCUCUCAGCUAAAUUUCUGUCUGCAAAGGUCCCUCAGGCCCCUCUUUCCACGACCUCUUCGAGGUGCCUCUUCAGCUUGCGGCCUCAACCGGGUCUUACAUUCGUUGCCUCACAGGCAUUUUACCGGCGCACAAUCUGUGAUGCUGGGGUGGUAAGGUCGUUGCAUGCAAAAGCACCCGCAGCCGGUCAAGCUGAUGGACAGACAAUGGCAGGGGUCGAAGAAGGUCAUUCUCAGGAGCACCCCCUCGUGUAUGUCAGCUUCUACAAGUUUGCCAGCCUGCCGGACUACGAGCAGCUAAGACUGGCCAUCAAGCAAAGAUGUGACGAAGAAGGUGUUGCUGGUGGCAUCAUUGUGGCGCCAGAGGGCAUCAACGGCAGCAUCUGUGGCACAAGGGCCGGCAUCGACUCCGUCCUUGCGUACCUGCGGUCCGACCCGCGCUUUGCCACCAUGCGCAACACUGAGGGGCCAGGCCCUUCAGAAGCUCCCCCAAGCCCAAGUGCAACGGGCGCCCCGAAGGCCACCGAAAACGUGAAGGGGAAUGGAUGGGUCGGGCCCAAAGGGGAAGAGUGGAAGGCGACGCCCUUUCAGCGGGACAGAGUGAAUGUCAAAUUGAAGAAAGAGGUCAUUCCACUAGGGGUGGAAGUGGACCCCAUGCAACGGGUGGGCACAUAUGUGAAGCCUUCGGAGUGGAACGCCCUCCUUGAAGACCCGGAUGUGGUUGUGGUGGACGUUCGCAACGCGUACGAAACGCGGAUUGGCAAGUUCCGAGGUGCUGUUGACCCGCGCACCGAGAGCUUCAAGGACUUCCCGGAGUGGGUAGAAAGAAACCUGCUAGAAGCGACGGCAAGUGGUCUCGACAGGGCGUCUAGUGGGGGAGCAGCUAGUACGGCAGGGAGAGGGGAAGACACUGAGGUCGAUCUGCCCGACCAGACUGAGGAGGGUGACACACACAGACUGAAACGGGGCAGAGAAGAGGAGUCGGCCGCUAGAGUCUUCUGGGACACUGGCGACAGCGGGGAGCAUGAAGCAGGCACUGGGGGGCAGCGAAGCGAGACAGCAGUGCAGAACGGCUUAUCAGAUCUGUCGGACGGGGAUGACUCCAUUGUCAAAAGUGACCAAGGGGACGAGACAACUGCGGGUGUUGCAGAGCCGGACGUCCGAACCACUGCGGACUCGGCCAAGGAGAAGAAGGUCGCCAUGUACUGUACCGGGGGCAUUCGAUGUGAGAAGUCGACUUCGUUGCUGCUGCAGAUGGGCUUCAAAGAGGUGUAUCACUUAGAAGGCGGGAUCCUCCGGUACCUGGAUGAAGUUCCGCCCGAAGAGAGCCUGUGGGAGGGCGAGUGCUUCGUCUUCGACCGGCGCACGUCCGUGAAGCACGGGAUGGAGCCGGGGAGCUACUCUCUGUGCUUUGCAUGCAAGGAGCCCAUUAGCCCGGCGCAGAAAGAAUCGCCCUUGUAUAUCACGGGCAUCCAGUGUCCCCUGUGCGCUCACAAGAAAACGGAGAAGCAGAAGGAGCGGGAUCGCCAGCGGCAGAGGCAGUUUGAAACGUACGGGCUGAUAGGAGGGGCGCUGACCCGGAGCAGGCCUCCCAAAAAGGCUGUUGCCGGCACGAAACGAGAAGUGGCGGAGACGGAGAGAGUUGGUCGCUGGGUGACAUGCGGAGAACAGGACAGACGAGAGCAUUGACCCAAGUUGGUAUUCGGGUUGGAUUUCGCUUGUUUGGAACGGACCAUUCAAGCGCAAUCGUAUGUUGGGCUUUGAAUGGAUUCAAGUCAGCUCCGAAGUACCUCGGAAGUCUUAUAACUCCCUAACAUUAUCAUGAACCGUCGGAUGGGUAUGCAAACGUACAUGCUGGUGGAACUCUUUCCAAUCUAGCACAUGGAAGAUUUGAG